AUGAGUGGGAAACUAUGGACAGAGGAGCAGUUUAAUUGCCCGGUGUGCCUGGAUCUCCCAAAUGAUCCAGUCACCAUCCCCUGUGGGCACAGCUACUGCAUGGCCUGCAUCAAGGACUACUGGAGCAAGGAUGACCCCAAGGGGAUCUACAGCUGCCCCCAAUGCCGUCAGACCUUCUGCCCCAAGCCCACCCUGUCCAGGAACACCAUGCUGGCCGAAGCCGUGGAGCAGCUCCGCAAAGGUGCCCGCAUGUCUGAUGUAAGGGAAUCUAUGCGAAGCGCCCGUGGGGUUUCUUCUUCUUCAUCUGGAUCCAAAGGGAAGUUGUCCUCAGCAGCUGUGCCAUGCGACAUGUGCAAAGGAAAACAGCGGGCAGCAGUCAAGAGCUGCCUGGUGUGUAUGAGCUCAUACUGCGAAUCUCACCUGAAGCCCCACCAGACCCAAAAGGCCAUGAAAAAACACGAGCUGAUUGCCCCCACAAGCAAUCUGUCUGAGAAGAUCUGUACCCAGCACAAGUACCUGCAGGAGUUCUUCUGUCGCGAGUGUAAGAUGUAUAUCUGCUGGCUGUGCACCAGCAACCAGCACAAAGGCCAUCAGUGUGUGUCCACCAAGGCGGAGCGCUUGGAUAAACAGAAACUGCUGUCAGAGAUUCAGACAGAGAAUCAGCAGAGACUGAAAGAGAGAGAGCAGGAGCUGAAAGAUAUGAAGAAGAUGAUGGAGAUGAUGAAGCGCUCUGCAAGCAGGGUACAUGAUGACACGGAGAAGGUGCUGGCCGAGCUGCAGCGCUCGGUGGAGCGUCUGCAGGAGCUGCUGGAGGAGGUGCUGGAUGAGGUUGGCCUGGAGAAGAUGGGCCAGGCCCAAGAAGUGGUCGGCAGCCUGGAGGCUGAGAUCAAGGAGCUGAAGAGAAGAGACACUGAAAUGAAGGACUUGGUCCGCUGUGAAGACCACAUCCACUAUCUGCAGACAUACGAGUCCAUGUGCAGUCCCCUGGAGUCGGGGGACUUGCCCCCUGUGAUUGUCAAUCCAGAAGCUUCCUUUGAGCCUGUUCGCGAGACCAUCCUGGACCUCAGGGAGCGAGUGGAGGAACUGUGCAACCAGGAACUGGGCAAGAUCACCAAACAAGUCAAUGACACAACUCUGUUUACUCUGGGUGACGCCAAAGGGAGCACAGAACUGAAGGGCGGCAUUUUUAAAUUGUUUUCUGGUUUUGGUUCUCGCAACACAAACAGCCGUUCACCAGCACCACCCACUACCUCCGUUGGAACACGGAGCACUGACAGACGAGGACUGGGUUUAGGCUUUAAAAGUUAUGACGUGAGGAGCAGAGAAACACCACAAGGCUCUGUUCUGGGUCCUCUCGUUGAGGGAGGCCAACACCAGACCAAGCCCCACUCCCAGCCGCAGAGAGUCCCAUUCUCUCUGGAGCAGGUCCAGUCAGAGCCAGGCUGCCCAUACCGCAGUCCCGAAUCCUACUCCUGCCCCAGUGCCAGUUCCUACUCCUACUCCUACUCCUGCCCCAGCGCCAGCUCCUGCCCCAGCUCCAACUCCUGCACCAGCAUCAACUGGAGGUAUAAAACUUACCCUUGUUUCAGUCGGAUGGCAUCGAUCAGCAGCCUCUUCCGCUCCCAUCGCCGUGGCACCACCCCAGCCACCCCCAUCAGCCAUACCCCAGCCAACAACACACCAUCUGCAGGAGGAAACCUAUUUAACCCUAGCCUGUUCUUGGAUUCGCCCAGCCCUAACUCCAUGAAUCAUGCUCCUGCUUUCCCUGCAUUGAGAGAAAUUAACCUUGACAGCAUCCAGGCCCCAGAGCCAAGGACCAGAGAGGAGUUCCUACAAUACUCUGUGAACUUGAACCUUGACCCUAACACAGCCCACAGACGCCUGACUCUUUCCGACAACAACACUAAGGCCACCCUGCAGGGGGCGGCGCAGCCCUACCCUGACACUUCACAGCGUUUUGACGGCUGGACCCAGGUGAUGUGCCAGAGCCCGCUGUACGCCCAACGCUGUUACUGGGAAGUGGAGUGGCGAGGCAGAGGAUCCUCUAUGGGUGUAGCCUACGGUGCAUUGAACAGGAAGGGCUCAGACGCCAGGGCAGGGCUGGGCUACAAUGCCCAGUCCUGGACCCUGGAGCUGUCAGACACAUGCUGCUCAGCCAUGCAUGACAAUGAGAAGAAAGACAUACCGGUCGCCUACUCCCCCCGUCUGGGCAUCUACCUGGACAUGUCCACGGGGACGCUUGCAUUCUACAGCGUGGCAGAAAGCCUGACACACCUUCACACCUUCCGUGCUAACUUCACUCAGCCGCUUUACGCUGCCUUCGGGGUGGGGAGUGGAGUCGGGGUGGGUCUGGACUUUGCCCUCGGCCAGUUCAGCUCCAGCUCUGACAGCAUCAAGAUCUGUCCCAUGUGA